GCACGGGCAUUUGAGGGCUUUCUUCAUGAUUCUCUUGCUUGAAAGUUUGGAAGGAUGUGGAUGUUCUCGAAGCCUGUCUGCAUUAUUCUCUUGAUUGAAGGUUUUGAAGGAUGUGGAUGUUCUCAACGCCUGUCUGCAUAAUUCCCUCGCUUGAGGGUUUGGAAGGAUGUGGAUGUUCUCGUGGCCUGUCCGCAUGAUUCUCUUGCUGGAAGGUUUGGAGGGAUGUGGAUGUUCCUGAGUCUGUCUGCAUGAUUCUCUUACUGGAAAGUUUGUGCAGAUCCUGAGGAUAGUGGUGCAGUCUAAGACGCCGGACUGGAAGGUGGUGGGGGACUUGAGACUGACCAAGCUCAAAGAGCCCAAGAAAGGUCAGAUUUUGAUAUUCAAGGAACUGGAGUGGCAGACUGUCAGGAUAGAAGCCAGCUCCACCAAGGACCGCGACCUGCCACCUCUACGACUGCUUACCAAUUGCACAAGGUGCCGAAUAACCAUCAAGAAACGUCUCUCAGAUUGUUUUGUGAUGGGUUGUCGUUUGGCGCUACUGCUGGACGACCUGUUAUGGGUCCUGACGGACUCUCAGCUCAAGGCUGCUCUUUGCUUCAUAGACUCCCUCUCCGGUCUCAUCAAGAAAGACACUGAAGUCACACGGACCAAGAAAGCUGCCCGCAAACUGGAGGUGCUUCCUGAAUAUCAGGCGCAGCUGGCACAACAAGCCAGGGUGGCAGAGGCCCGAGACACCAUGUCGGACAUCUUCGCCCGCUACGACUUCAUAGAGACCUCAUACCACUUCUUCUGCCAGAAAAUAGAUCUCCAUCUGAGCGAUGACCCUGGGCCUGGAAGGUCGUGCCACCCGGAUCUGAAGGUCGGAGGAGCGUUCCAGAUCAACCUGCACUGUUUCCAGGUGGACUACUACCCGUACCACCUGGCCUCCGGUGACAGACACCACUGGGCCAAGUACAAAGAGGGCAGCUCACCGCACACCCAGUGGCUCACGCAAGCACACGCCGUGUUCCGCAACACCCUCCUCCAGCUAAUAGAGUCGCACAGCACCCACAGUCCGCUGUCCAGAGACUCGCAGGAACCAAAAGCUACAUCGUCUCCAAGCAACAAUCCGGUGAAGAACUACGUUCUGUCACAGUUGGCCAAACUGAUGACUGCGUGUGUCAUUUUGCGGAUUGAGGACUUCACUCUGUUCCGUGUCACCACCUCAGCGAAAAAACAACAACAGCCUAAAGAAUUCGUGAAAGGUGAUAGAGAACGGCAUGCCCAUGACCCAUGUACCUGAAAUAAUGACUCUACACGCGGAGUUCACCUAUUACUACUACCCAGGGGAUGUGCCUUUUCCUUUGCCUCCGCCCAAGUUCUACGUCCAUCUCAACCCUAUCCAGAUACACCUAGACGUACUGACGCUUCUGUGGAUCAACUCAUUUGCUCUGAACCUGCAGCAGUCGCUUCUCAACGCUGCCUCCAACCAGGACACAGUGGCC